AUGCGCAUCCGCUCCCUCUCAGUGUCGGGCGUAUCCCGCUCCCUCUCUCAGGUCGGGUGUUUGUUAGCCGCUCCCUCGCUCGCAGGAGGGCGAGCGUACCCCGCUCGCUCUCGAAGGAGGGCGUACCCCGCUCCUUCUCUCAAGGGUCGGGCGUAUACACCUUCUCUCAGGUCGGUCGAGCGUACCCCGCUCCCUCUCGCAGGGUCGGGCGUAUCCGCUCCCUUCGCAGGGUCAACGGGUUUCUCGCAGGAGGGCGUUAGCGUACUCCGCUCCCUCAAAGGUCGGUCGGAAUCGCUCCCUCUCUCGAAGGAGGGUCGUGCGUACCUCGCUCCCUCUCUCGCAGGGUCGUGCGUAUCCUUCUCCCUCUCGCGGAAGGGAGAGCGUAUAACGCUCCCUUCCUCGCCGGGUCGAACGUAUGCGCACCUCGCUCCCUCUCGCAGGUCGGGCGUGCGUACCCCGCUCCCUCUCAAGGGUCGAGCGCAUCCGCGCUCCCUCAAAGCUCGGGCGUACCCUGCUCCCUCUCUCGCAGGUCGGGUGUAUGCGCUCCUUCUCUCUCUCGCAAGAAGGUCGUACGUAUCCGCUCUCCCUCUCUCGCAGGAGGGUCGAGCGCUCUCGCAAGAAGGAGGGCGGAGCGAUCUCGCAGACCGGGCGUGCGUAUCCGAUCCCUCCCUCACAGGGAUGGGCGUGCGUAUUCGCUCCUUCUCUCGCUCGAAGGAGGGAGAGGCGUACUCCGCCUUCUCCCUCUCUCUCUCUCAAGUCGGGCGUACUCCGCCUUCUCUCUCGCAAGAGGGUCGAGCGAGCGAACGAAGGAGGGAGGGAGGUCGUACCCCGCUCCCUCACUCGAAGGAGGGCGCGCGUACCCCGCUCCCUCUCGCAGGGUCGGGCGUAUCCGCUCCCUUCGCAGGGUCAACGGGCGUACCCCGCUCCCUCUCUCGCAAGAGGGGUGACGUGCGUAUCCGGCUCCCUCCCUUGCACCUCGCGCCUACUCCCUCUCGAAGGAGGGAGGGCGAUCCCUCUCACUCGCAGGAGGGUCGGGCGUUAGCGUAUCCGCCCCCCCUCUCGCAGGAGGGCCGGAAUCGCUCCCUCUUUCGCUCGCAGGAGGGAGGGGCGCAUCCGCUUCCUCUCUCGCAAGAGGGCCUGCGUAUCCGCCCUCUCUCAUGGCCUGCGUUCCCGCUCCCUCUCGCAAGAUGGCAUGCGUAUCCCGCUCCCUCUCGAAGGAGUGAGGGCGUACUCCGCUCUCAAAGGUCGAGCGUACCUCGCUCUCCCUCGAAGGAGGGUCCGGCGCCCCUCGCUCCCUCUCGCAAGAGGCAGGGUCGUGCGUAUCCGCUCCCUCUCGAAGGGGGAGGCCGAUCCGCCUUCUCUCUCGCAGUAGGAGGGCGUAUCCCCGCUCCCUCUCUCUCGACGGUGGGCGUUAGCGUACCCCGCUCCCUCUCGAAGGAGGGAGGUCGAACGUAUCCGCUCCCUCUCAGGUCGGGCGUAUCCCGCUCCCUCUCUCUCAGGAGGGUCGUGCGUACCUCGCUCCCUCUCUCGCAAGAGGGCCUGCGUACUCGGCUCCCUCUCUCGCAAGAAGGAAGGGCGAGGCGUAUCCGCGAUCCAAGGUCGGGCGUAUUUGCUCCCUCUCUCGAAGGAGGUCGGGCGUACCGCGCUCUUCCUCUCUCGAAAGAGGGUCGUGCGUAUCCGCCUUCCCUCACUCUCUCAGGUCGUGCAUAUCCGCUCCUUCUCGAAGGAAGGAGAGGCGUAUCCGAUCCCUCUCCCUCGCAAGAGGUCGGGCGUAUCCGCUCCCUCUUAGGUCGGUCGGAAUCGCUCCCUCUCAGGUCGGGCGUGCGUAUGCGCGAAGGAGGGAAGGGCGUACCUCGCUCUCUCGAAGGAGGGUCAGGCGUACCCCGCUCUCCCUCUCGAAGAGGGAUCGAGCGUAUCCGCGCUCUCCUCGACCCACCCCCCCCCCCGCACCUCGCGCCCUGCGGUCAGAAGGGGCGUGCGAGCGAGGGAGGGAGGGCGUACUCCGCUCCCUUUCGAAGGAGGAGGGCGUAUCCGCUCCCGCUCCCUCGCAGGAGGGCGGGAGCGAUCUCGCAAGAGGUCGGGCGUGCCUCGCUCCCUUUCGCGCAGACCGGGCGUGCGCACUCCGCUCUCACUCUCAGGGUCGGGCGUACCCCGAUCCCUCUCUCGAAGGAGGGUCGUGCGUACCCCGCUCCUUCUCACAAGGGGCGUAUGCGCCUUGUAGAAGGAGGGGCGAGGGUCGGGCGAUCCGCUCCCUCUCAGUGUCGGGCGUGCGCAUCUGCUCUCCCUCUCUCGCAAGAGGGCGUGCGAUCCGCUCUCUCAGGUCGGUCGGAAUCGCUCCCUGGAAGGAGGAGGGAGGGUCGGGCGUACUCCGCUCCCUCUCUCGCAGGAGGGUCGUGCGUACCCCGCUCCCUUCCUCUCGAAGGAGGGCGGGCGUACUCCGCACCCUCGCAGGGUCGAGCGUAUCCGCUCCCUCAAAGGUCGAAGGGCGUACUCCGCCUUCUCUCGAAGGAGGGCGUGCGUAUCCGCGCCCUCCCUCGAAGGGCGGGCGAGCGAUCCGCUCCCUCUCUCGCAAGAGGUCGGGCGAGCGAGCGAGGGAAGGAGGAUCGAGCGAGCGAGCGAAGGAGGGAAGGGCGUAUCCGCUCCCUCUGGCAGGAAGCAAGAGGGCGCGCUCCCUCUCGCAAGAGGGGCGUGCGCACCUUGCUCCCUCUCUCUCAGUGUCGGGCGUACCCCGCCCUUCCUCUCUCGCAAGAGGGCGGGAGCGUACUCCGCUCCCUCUCUCUAAGGAAGGAGGGCGUGCCGUACUCCGCUCCCUAUCUCGACGGAGGGAGCGAUCCGCCUUCUCUCGCAGGAGGGCGCGUUCGCUCCCUGGCUCUCAGGUCGGGCGGAGCGAGUGAGCGAAGGAUGGAAGGCGUAUCUGCUCCCUCUCUCGAAGGAGGGCCUGCGUAUCCGCUGCCUCUCGAAGGAGGGCGUCUACGCUCCCUCUCGCAGGAGGGUCGUGCGCACCCCGCUCCCUCUCUCGCAGGUCGGGAGGGAAGGAGGGUCGAACGAUCCGCUCCCUCUCGCAGGAGGGUCCAGCGUGCGUAUCCGCUCCCUCUCUCGAAGGAGGGUCGGUCGGAAUCGCUCCCUCUCGAAGGAGGGCGUAUCCGCCGCUCCCUCUCGACGGAGGGCCGGGCGUACCCCGCUCCCUCUCUCGAAGGGAAAGAGGUCGAGGGCGGGAGCGCUCGCUCUCAGGUCGGGCGUUCGUUAGCCGCUCUCGCAGUAGGGGCGGGCGUAUCCGCUCCCUCUCGCAAGAGGGCGUACCCCGCUCGCUCUCUAUGGUCGGUCGGAAUCGCUCCCUCCCUGCGGUCGAAGGGCGUACCUCUCUCGCGCAGGAGGGCGAGGCGUAUACCGCUCCCUUUCGCAGGAGGGUUGUGUGUACCCCGCUCUCUCGCAAGAGGGUCGGGCGUAUCCGCUCCAUCUCGCAGGUCGGGCGUAUCCGCCUCCCUCUCUCAAAGGGGCGUACCCCGCCCUCUCUCUCGAAGGGGGGAGCGAUCCGCUCCCUCGCAGGAGGGCGGGAGCGCCCCCUCUCGCAGGAGGGCGUACCCCGCUCUCUCGCAGAGUCGAGCGUACCCCGCGCCCUCUCUCGCAGGGUCGGGCGUAUCCGCUCUCUUCCUCGAAGGAAGGUCGGGCAUGCGUACCCCGCUCCGCCUCUCGAAGGAGGGUCGAGCGUUCGUUAGCCGCUCCCUCCCUCUCUCGCAAGAGGGAGGGUCGAGCGCACCCCGCUCCCUCUCGCAGGAGGGUCGAGCGAGCGGGGGAGGGGCGUGCGCACCCCGCUCUCUCUCGCUCGAAGGUCGGGCGUAUCCUCUCGCUCCCUCCCAGGUCGGGCUUGAGCGAGCUCCUUCUCAGGGCGGUCGAGCGUAUCCCGCCUUCUCUCGAAGGAGGGCGUACCCCGCUCCCUUUCGCAGGAGGGAGAGGCGUAUCCGCCUUCCCUCGCAGGGAGGGCGUUCGUUAGCCGCUCUCUCGAAGGAGGGCGGGCGUACCCUGCUCCCUCUCUCGCAGGGAGGGCGGGCGCGUACUCCGCUCCCUCGAAGGAGGGAGCGAGCGAGCGAGGCGAGGGAGAAAAAGGGCGUACUCCGCUCUCCCUCUCGAAGAGUCGUGCGUGCGCAUCCGCUCCCUCCCUCUCUCGCAGAAGGGUCGAGCGAUCCGCUCCCUCAAAGGAGGGGCAUGCGUAUCCGCGCUCAAGGGUCGUGCGUAUCUCGCAGGAAGGAGGGUCGGGCGUAUCCGCUCUCCCUCUCGCAAGAGGGUCGGGCGAUCCGUACCCUCCCUCAAGGGUCGUGCGUACCCCGCUCGCUCUCGCAAGAGGGAGGGCGAUCCGCUCCCUCUCUCCAAGCUCGGGCGUAUGCGCUCCCUCUCUCAGGUCGUGCGUUCGUUAGCCGCUCCCCCUUUCGCAGGAGGGCAUGCGUACCCCGCUCCCUCACUCUCUCUCGCAGGAGGGUCGGGCGUAUGCGCUCCCUCUCUCAGGUCGGGCGGAGCGAGCGAUCGAAGGAAGGAGAGGAGGGCGUUAGCCGCCCUUCCUCUCGCAAGCGGGACGGCGUAUCCGAUCCCUCGCAAGAGGGUCGUGCGUAUCCGCUCCCUCUCGAAGGAGGGAGGGCGUGCGCCGCUACCUCUCAGAAGGAGGGGGUGCGUAUCCGCCUUCUCUCUCAGGUCGUGCGUACGCCGCUCGCUCUCAAGGGUCGUGCGUAUCCGCUCCUUCUCGCAGGAGGGUCGGGCGUAUCCGCUCUCCUGCGGUCGGGCAUGCGUAUCCGCUCCUUCUCUCGAAGCUCGGGCGUUAGCGUACUCCGCUCUCCCUCUCUCGCAGGAGGGUCGGGCGUACCCCGCUCCCUCUCGCAGGAUGGGGGGCGUAUUCGCUCCCUCUCUCUCGCAAGAGGGUCGGGCGGAGGAGUGAGCGAGCGAGGGAAGGAGGGGCGUGCGUAUCCGGCUCCCUCGCAAGAGGGUCGGGCGUAUCCGCUCUCUCUCAGAGUUGAGCGUACCCCGCACCCUCUCUCGCAGGAGGGUCGGUCGGAAUCGCUCUCUCUCUCGCUCGUCGGAGGGCGUACUCCGAUCCCUCUCAGGUCGUCGGGCGCAUACGCCUUCUCGAAGGGUCGGGCGUGCGUAUCCGCUCCCUCUCUCAAGAGGGCGGGCGUAUCCGCUCCCUCUCUCGCAGGGUCGGGCGAUCCCGCCUUCUCGCUCGCAAGAGGGUCGGGCGUGAGCGAGCGAGAGGGUCGGGCGCAUCCGGCGCUCCCUCAAGGGUCGGUCGGAAUCGCUCCCUCUCGCAAGAGGGCGUACCCCGCUCCCUCUCUCGCAGGAGGGUCGUGCGUAUUCGCUCCCUCUCUCGCAGGGUCGGAGCGAGCGAGCGAUGGAGGGCGAGCGUACUCCGAGCUCCCUCAGGUCGUGCGUAUCCGCUCCUACUCUCUCAGGUCAGGCGCACCCGGCGCUCCCGCUCUCUCGCAGGAGGGUCGAGCGUAUCCGCACUGUCGAGGGCGCGUAAGCGAGCGAGCGGGGGAGGGGCGUGCGUACGCCGCUCCCCGAAAGGGCGUAUGCGUACCCCGGUCCCUGGAGGGGCGUGCGUAUCCGCCUUCUCUCGAAGGAGGGCGUAUCCGCUCCCUCAGGUCGGGCGUUAGCGUACUCCGCUCCCUCUUUCUCGCAAGGAGGGCGUAUCCGGCUCCCUCUCUCGCAAAAUGGCGUACCCCGCUCCCUCUCGCAGGAAGGAGGGAGCGAGCGAGCGAAGGAGGGAGGGCGUGUCCGCUCCCCCCCCCCCCUCGGGCGUGCGUACCCCGCCUCCUCUCGAAAGAGGGUCGCGCGUACCCCGCUCCCUCCCUCAAUCACAGGGUCGGGCCCAUCUGCUCCCUCUCUCAAAAGAGGGCUAGGGUUAGCUCUCGCAGAGAUGGCGUUCGUAUGCGCUCCCUCUCUCGCUCCCUGGAGGGGCGUGCGUACCCCGCUCCCUCUCUCGCAAGGGUCGGGCGUAUCCGGUCCCCCUCAGGUCGAUCGGAAUCGCUCCCUCUCAGGUCGGGUCGUGCGCACCUCUCUUGCCAGAGGGCGUACUCCGCUCCCUCUCUCGCAGGGUCGGGCGUAUACCGCUCCCUCUCUCGAAAGAGGGCGUUCUCCAAGCUCGGGCGUAUGCGUAUCCGCUCCCUUUCGCAAGAGGGGUCGAGCGAUCUCGAUCGAAGGAGCGAGGGCGUGUGUAUCCGCUCCCCAUCUCUCUCGCAAGAGGGCGGGAGCGCUCCCUCUCGCAGGGUCGUCGGGCGGGCGUAUCUGCUUCGCUCUCUCAUAGGAGGGCGCGUAUCCGCUCUCCCUCUCUCGCAAGAGGGAGGGUCCGAAUCGCUCCCUCUCUCGCAAGAGGGUCAGGCGUACCUCGCUCCCUUCUCCCUCGCAAGAGGGUCGGGCGUACCCCGCUCUCUCGCAGGGUCGUGCGUACUCCGCCUUCUCGCAGGGUCGUGCGUAUCCGGCGCUCUCGAAGGGUCGGGCGUAUCCACCUUCCCUCUCGCAGGAGGGCGCGUAAGAGAGCGAGCGGGGGAGGGGCGUGCGUAUCCGCCGCUCCCUCUCCGACGUCGGGCGUUAGCGUACCCCGCUCCCUCCCUCUCUCUCGCAAGAGGUGCAUGCGCUCCUUCUCUCAUGUCGAGCAUAUCCGCUUCUUCUCUCGCAAGAGGGGCAUGCGUAUCUGAGCUCCUUCUCAGGUCGGGCGUCUACGCUCUCCCUCUCUCGAAGGAGGGUCGGACGUACCCCUCUCGCAAGGAGAGGCGUAUCCGCUCCCUCUCGAAGGAGGCCGAACGCGCUCUCUCAGGUCGAGCGUAUACCGCUCCUUCUCCCCCUCUCAGGGUCGUGCGUAUACCGCUCCCUCUCGCAGGGCGUGCGUACCCCGCUCUCCCUCUCAAGGGUCGUGCGCGUGAGCGAGCGAGCGGGAGGGUCAAGCAAUCCGCCGCUCCCUCUCACUCGAAGGAAUGGCGGAGCAAUCCGCUGCCUCUCGCAGGGCCGGGCGUGCGUAUCCGCUCGCUCGCAGGAGGGUCGUGCGUGCGUACCUCGCUCCCUCUCUCGAAGGAGGGAGGGUCGUAUCCGCUCCCUCUCGCAAGAGGGUCGGGCGUAUCCGCUCCCUCUUCUCGCAGGUCGGCGUUAGCGUACUCCGCUCGCUCCCUCUCUCUCGCAGGUCGGGCAUACUCCGCUCUCAGGUCGGUCGGAAUCGCUCCUUCUCUCGCAGGAGGUCGGGAGAGGCGUAUCCGCUCCCUCUCGCAGGUCGGGCGUGCGUAUCCGCUCUCCCUCUCUCGCAGGGUCAUGCGUACCCCGCGCUCCCUCUCUCGCAAGAGGGAGGGCGUACCACGCUCCCUCUCUCGCAAGAGGGUCGAGUGUAUCCGAUCCCUCUAUAAAGAGGGCGUGCAUAUCCGCUCCCUCCCUCUCGAAGGAGGGCCGGGCGUACCCCGCUCCCUCUCGUCAGAGGGCAUGCGUAUCCGCUUCGCUCUCUCUCGAAGGUCGAGGGAAGGGCGGAGCGAGCGGUCGAAGGAGGGCCUGCGUACUCCGCUCCCUCUCAGGUCGGGCGAUACGCCCUCUCUCUCGCAGGAGGGUCGAGCUGUCGGGCAGGAGCGCUCCCCAUCUCUCGCAAGAGGGCGUGCGUAUUGCUCCCUCUCGCAGGAGGAGAGGUGUAUCCGCUCCCGUUCUCUCGCAGGGUCGGGCGUGCGUACCCCGCUCUCAAGAGGGUCGAGCGAUCCGCUCUCUUCCUCGAAGGAGGGCGUAUCCGCCUUCUCGAAGGAAGGAGGGUCGUACGUGUCCGCCCCCUCUCGCAAGAGGGAUGAAGGUGUACUCCGCUCCCUCUCGAAGGAGGGAGGGGCGAGUGAGGGCGUACCCCGCUCGCUCGUCAGAGGGCGUGCGUACCUCGCUCCCUCGCUCUCGCAGGGCAUGCGUAUCCGCUCUCUCUCGAAGGAGGGUCGAGCGUAUCCGCGCUCCCUCAAAGGUCGGGCGCACCCCGCUCCCACUCGCAAGAGGGGCCUGCGUACCCCGCUCCUUCUCUCGCAAGAGGGCGUCGUGCGUACCCCGCUCCCUCUCGCAGGAGGGAGGGCGUCGGGCGUACCUCGCUCCCUACCUCGCAGAAGGGUCGAGCAAUCCGCUCCCUUCUCUCGAAGGAGGGAGGGCGUGCGUACCCCGCUCCCUCUCAAAUCAGGCGUGCGCAUCCGCCUUCUCAAGGGAGGGCGGGCGUAUCCGCUCUCUCUCCAAGGGCGGAGCGAGCGAUCGAAGGAAGGAGGGCGUAUCCGCCUUCUCUCGCUCGCAGGGAGGGCGGAGCGAGCGAGCGAGCGAAGGAGGGCCGAGCGCUCGCUCUCGAAGGAGGGGGGGAGGGCGUAUGCGCCUUCUCUCGCAGGGUCGGGCGAUCCGCUCCCUGCGAUCGAAGGGCAGGAUACGGUCUCCCUCGAUGGAGGAUCCCUCCCCCUCAUCCUUUCCCCUCUUGCACUGCCCUCUCCUCCCUACCUACCCUCUUCCCGUCCUCCUCCACUCUCGCGCAGCCGUUUCGCAGUCCUGCCAGUGAUCACUGUGCUCCCCCCACGCUCCCUCGCCCCUCACCUCCCUACCUACCCUGACCUCACCGUGCUCCCCUCGCCUCAAUGUGCUCCCUUCUCCUCACAGUGCUCUCUUCUCCUCGCCUGCUUCAUUUUCUCCUCGCCCGCUCCCCUCUCGCAUCACCUCUUCUCGCUCCCGUUCUAACCACCCCUUCUCGCUCCUCCUCCCUUCCACUCCCCUCGCAUCACCCCCUCUCGUCCUCC